AUGACCUCCAAGGUUUUGAGAUUUGGAAUAGUCUUCCUUUUGCAGAUUUUCAUUGGAACUCUGGGGAAUUUUUCACUCUUGUUUUAUCAUGUCUUCCUUCACUUCAGUGGAUUCAGAUCAAGGCCCACAGACUUGAUUCUCAGGCACCUGACUGUGGCCAACUCCUUGGUCCUUCUCUCAAGAGGAAUCCCAGAGAUCAUGGCAGCUUUUGGGUUGCGAAGUUUCCUCGGUGAUAUUGGAUGCAAGCUUGUUUUCUCUGUUCACAGAGUGUCCAGAGGUGUGUCUGUUACCACCACCUGCCUGUUGAGUAUCUUUCAGUACAUCACCAUCAGCCCCAGGAACUCCAGGUGGGCAGAGCAUAGAGUGAAAGCCCAGAAGUCUAUUGACUUGUUUAAUUUCCUCUGCUGGGUCCUACACAUGCUGCUAAAUAUCAGAACUCCUAUGCUUAUGACUGACAGAUGGAGCAACAGCAACCUCAGCACAGGUAUAGAUUUUCUAUACUGUUCUGCUGUGCUCCGCGACAGAGAUGCAAACUCAGUAUUUGCAGCAUUGACUUUCUCACAUGACGUUUUGUGUUUGGAACUCAUGAUCUGGGCCAGUGGCUCCAUGGUUCUCAUUCUGAACAGGCACAUGCAACGUGUCCACCAUAUUCAUAGAUACCAAGUGUCAUCAAGAUCUACUGCUGAGACCCGCGCUACACGAAGCAUCCUUGUCCUGGCGAGUGCCUUCAUUUUCUCCUAUGCCCUGUCCUCCAUUAUUCAUGUUUGCUUUUCUGAGUUUGGUACAACUGCGUGGUGGCUGGUGAGCACCUCUGCCUUAGUCAAUGGGUGCUUCCCCACAGCCAGCCCCUUCAUCCUCAUGGGUCGCGAACGCUGCGUAUCCCACCUCACCUGGAGGAAAUAA